AUGUUCAUGAAAACUGCCUUCCUCUCGCUACUGACUUUGACCACCGCCGUUUCAGUCCCCAAGACUGAUUACGAUGUCAUCAUCGUUGGUGGAGGUCCUGCGGGUCUCAGCGCUAUCAGCGGUGUCUCCCGUGUCCGACGCACUGCUCUGUUGUUCGACAAUCAGCAGUAUCGGAAUGCUCCUACUCGGGAGAUGCACGAUGUGAUUGGCAACGAUGGGACCCCGCCUGCUGUUUUCCGUGGCCUGGCUCGUGAGCAGAUCUCCAAGUACGAUACAGCCCACUGGAGGAACCAGACUGUGGAGUCAAUUGCCCCUAUAGAUGGAGAUUUUUCCUCCUUCAACGUGACCGAUGAUACUGGCAAGAGCUUCACCGCACGUAAAAUUGUGCUUGGCACUGGCUUGCGUGACCUGCUUCCCGCGACCCCUGGCUUGCGCGAGGCAUUCGGCAAGGGAAUCUUUUGGUGCCCGUGGUGCGAUGGUUAUGAACACCGCGACCAGCCCUUUGGCAUUCUCGCUGACGUCGCGAGUGUGCUCGGUGCCGUCUUGGAAGUCCACACACUGGAAAGUGAUAUUAUUGCAUUCACUAAUGGUACCCGUACACCCGAGGGUGAGGCUCGUGCCGAAGCCAAGUAUGCAGACUGGGACAAGCAGCUUGCGGCCUGGAACGUCACCAUCGACAACCGGAUGAUCUCCUGGGUCGAACGUCUCCAGGAUGGGGGCAAGAACCGCGACGACGAUGAGGACAAGCAGUUCGACAAGUUCAAUAUCCACUUCACCGAGGGCGAGCCCGUCGAGCGCAAUGCAAUCCUUAUUGACGUCCCCACUAACCAGACCUCGACUCUCCCAUACCAGAUGGGCCUCGAGAUGGACUCUGACAAAAUCAAGGUCGCUAGCUCUAUGCGCACCAAUGAGACCGGUGUCUUCGCUAUUGGAGAUGCAAACACUGACGGUGCUACCAACGUUCCCCACGCUAUGUUCAGCGGCAAGCGUGCUGCUGUUUACAUUCACGUUGAAAUGUCUCGUGAGGAGUCCAAGUCUAAUAUUUCCAAGCGCGAGGGUAAUAUCUCUCACCGUGAGCUCGAGGAGGAGGCCAACAACGCUAUUGGUGACAACCUUGACCGCGAGUGGAAGCGUGCUCAGAACCUGAAUUAA